AAGAUGGUCUUUUUCCUUUUAUAUAGUCUCUCCCCUUAUCUUUGACUGUACUCUACUUCCCCUCUCUAUAUUUUGCACACAUACACACACUACUUUCAAUCUCCAAAAUCAAAUCUCUGCUAUUUUUGGGUUUCUCAUUAUAAUCAAUUGGGUUUCGCUUCUCUAGUUUCAUUCUCUGAGUUUAUAAUUGACUAAAGUGAGGAACAGCAUGCUGUGGUGCAGUUUAUCUGUUGAUGUAUAUAGGAAAGUCAUCUCCUUGAACUUGUACUGUCAUGUUAUUCUGUAAAAUACCCUCCACAAAAUCACUUCUUUUCUGAAAUCUUGAUUCGUUUUUCACCUCAGAAAAUUCAUAUUCUUUUUAUAUUAAUCUUCCAUGGGUUCCACUCGUUUCAUUGUCAUACCUUGCUACCUUCUCAUGAUCAGCUGAGAAUCUGUUUCUCUUCAGAUUACUCACUUUUUUAGCUUUCUUAUAGGAGAUAGUUGUGUGGUGUUUAUUUGAAGGAUUAGCAAAAUUGUUCCUUAACUUGAACAAUUUUUCUGGUGGGGUUUUUAAGAAUCAGUUCUGCUAGAAUUAAGAUUGUGGUGUGUUGGUUGUGGGAGGGAUUGGAACAAGUAGUUAUGGUGUGCCAAGCAGCUGGCCAGACAAGAUUUCGGGCAUUGAAGCACGAAAAUGGGAUUGCUGGGUCUGCCACCAUAAUUGUUAGAGUAAUUGCAUGCUUUCAACCUCUCCAGGAUUGCCAGGCUGAAUAUUUUCGCCAGUUGUUGAAACCCGUCACGUAGUUUUAUCUUUCUUGUUACUGCAUUCAAGUUAAGCUGGAAUUUUUGGAUUUUCUGUUGUUUCUCAAGUCUACAAGAAGUAAUCAGCAAUUUGUAUUACCUCAGUUAUUUAGAACUGGUGAUUGUUGAGGUUGAAUGGAAAAAGACUUCGGUUCUUGGUUCCAUCACCAGUAUCCAGAUCUGCAAUCAGCCCAUUCGAACUUUUCUAGUUGUGGACUCAAUAUUGGGCAGCAGAAUUCUGUUCCUAUUUACAUGACUCCUCACUCGAAUGAGGUUCCAGUAAAAGGGAAUUCUCACUUCUCAUUUUAUAGGCUGCCAGAGUCAAAGGCAAGCCAACCAACUGAACCUUGUAAUUGGUUAUACUGUUUACCACGGUUCCGACAAGGUUUCACUCCAGUUUUAAACACUGUAGUGAACACAAAGCUUGGUCCUCAAACAAUUGACAAUCUUGGAGAUAAAGAAGAAGCUGAUGCAAGCCGUGGAUCCGCUCAGAAGAGAUUUCUUGUGUUUGAUCAAUCUGGUGGUCAAACAACUUUAAUUUACAGUUCUCCAAAUGGUACUCCAGUUCAAUGCCUGCCCUCUCGGAGUCCACAACCCGCUGGACCUUGUAAUUUGAUUAAGGAAGGCCCACAUAUUAAAAGGAAUGGAAUUUGUCCAUCUGGGCAUUACUUCAGUGGUGAAUAUUAUGAAGAAAACUAUACAGAUGACGUGGAAAGUGAAUUGCACGAGGACACUGAAGAAUUGAAUGCCCUACUCUACUCAGAUGAUGAUGAUGGUAAUUCUGAGGAUGGUGACGAAAUAAGCACAGGGCACUCGCCUAGUACUAUGACAGCUCAUGAUCUACCACAGUGGCUUGAUGAAAUAGGCGAAGAAGUAGCUAGUUCGGAAUGGCCAAACAAAAAGCGUAAACGGUUCGAUGGUGGCUGUGAUGUACCAUCAAUCAUCGAUACUGCAACCUCUGCGAAACCCUUUACUUGCUCUGACUUAGAGGAUGAUGCAGAAUCCAGUUGUGGCAAUAGCAAUAAUCAAGUUUCAGAAGCAUUGGUUUCUCUAUCUGGGGAAAAGAGGCCAAGAAAAAAUGAAAUUUUUGAGACGAUAAGCGUUUUGCAGAAGAUAAUCCCUGGAGUGAAAGGAAAAGAUUCGAUGGUUGUCAUUGAUGAAGCAAUAAGUUACUUGAGAUCCCUGAAGAUGAAAACCGAGUCUUUAGGACUUGAUACUCUUUGAGCUUCAGUAUGCUCCUGCUGACAGUAGUGCCAGUACUAGUAGUAUUGGUACUUGUAGCAUAUAUUUCUGAGGUAAGUUUUAAUGCUUUGUGAAUAAAUAAGCAGAAGUAAGGUUAGAUGUGGUGUGGUAAGGAGGAGUUCGCUGAACGUCAUAAGCUAGGAAACCGGAUUGAAGAACCUUUUGGAGUCUUAAUUCCUUCAUUCUAUUGAAGCAGUUACUGUUCUUUUGAAAUCUCUAGUCAUGUCUCAUUCAUGUCUGUACACAUACGGUGGGUACUUCGUAUAGUUGUUCCAAUGGUGACGGUAUAUAUGAGUUCAUGUCUUGAUGCUGAAGAGAAAAGUUAUUCAGCCCUGGGAAAAACGUUUUCCCACCUACUUCAUAGCUGUAUGUGUGAACAAGCAGAUGACACAUACCUCAAUAGCAUCCUGGAGAAGUAGUUGUGCUUGGUGGGCAUUUUAGUUACCAGACCCUUUCAUUUGUGUCCUUUUCCCUUGAUCUUGUCAAGUUACCCCCUUUACAGCUUCCCUCAUCGAAUGGCACCCAUUGCAGUGGCAACACAUCUUUGUUUUGCUGUUACAUCAGGUAUUUGUUGCUCUGCUUGAUUGAGCAUGAAUUGACCACUCUGGAUUUGUCAAUGCCUAAGAAGGGUCGAAAUUCUCGUGUAAAGACUGCUAUAUCCACAUUACCAGUUAAGAUUUCCUCCACUAUGUUAUCAUGGUGUGACGUUUGUCAUCUAGAACUUUACCAGUUUGAUUCCAUGUAUGUAUCAUUUCUUUGAAUGGCCAAUAUACUAUAUUUUGGUGUA